AGAGCUCCGUCAUGGCUUCGGAACCAACAGAAGAAGCCAUUGCGAACUUUGUGAGCUUCACGAGCACAAGUCGCGAACAGGCAAUCAGCUUCCUUAAAGCCAAUGACCUCAAUUCAAAUAAAGCGAUCAAUGCCUACUUCGAAGAUCCCACAGGCGACCCCGCCGCCUUCGCAGACGCUACGGAUCCCAACAAAGGAUUAUCACUUGCUGAGCAGGAGGAGCGUGAGCUACAACAAGCUGUGGCCAUGUCCUUGAACCAAAACCUUGGACAACAGGAGACAGGCGUUACAACUUCGAACAAGUCGAACUUUGGCCGGGCCACCCGUGACUUUUAUGAUGAAGGUGCUUGGGCAAUGACUUUAUUUAACUCUAGCGCUCGCGAAAUUAUCAUCAGUCCAAAUCCGGGAGACCGUAAGAGGGUGGAAGGCGAACCAGCAUUUCUGCGUCCAUCAGAAGACAGUCUAUAUCUAGGCGGGCUGUUGACCAUCCUUAACUCUAUACCCCUGGCUCGGGAAGCUCUCCUGCAGAGAAAUAGGAUCCUCUCAAACUAUGGGCACGACCCGCAGUGGUGGAACGGACAACCAAUAAACCUUCCAAAAAUAGUGACAAUUCAAGAUGCACACGACGGCGACACGGAUUGGGAUGAUAUCAUCUACGAAACACAGAGGCUUAUCGCCUUUCUGGAUAUUACGCAACGCUCCUUUGGUAGCGUGGAUGCUCUUGUAAGUUUAAAGAGCAUGUCUACAUACGACUCGGAAGGCAGCAUAGGCAGGUUUUUGGAAACAUGGCAAGAUGCCGCUGUCCGAGCAGAUCCUGGGAAUCAAUUGGCAACUGUCUUCUCGUCCAAGGCAUAUAAACGACCUCUUACCGUUUACGACACACCUAUACACAAAGAUUUCUUCAUCCUUGAGUCAUUCGUGGACCCUGAGCAUGGUCAAACUCUCUACGAUGUUUUGGAUCGCGCCAUUUGGUCAGACAGGCCUGGUGAAGAGCUUGACGAUGUAUGGUUGGAGCAUAUAGGUGAAAUAUUCACUAUUAGAUUGGAAAGCACCGACAGUACAAAGCCUGUUGAUGUAAAGAUUCCUGCGGUCUUCUACCCUGAUCGAUAUCUCGCCGAUUCCAGAGAUUUUUCUCGCGACUUUCGUGCCCAAAGACUUCAGGAAUAUGACGGAAUAUCCAAAUUAGAAAGCCUGAUCGACCGCUUUUCGGCGUCAAAGUCUGCUAUGCACAGCAGAGGGAUGACUCUGAAGGAAACGCUAGAGAAGGCUGCUUCUGCAGUCUCCGUAACACUGCCCAAGAGCCUUGCAAAUGGCGCGAAUGGGUUGUCUUUGAGCCCGGAGGCGGCAAACGCGGAGGCGAAACGUUUAGCAGAUGAAUUGCGAGAAGUCUCCAGUAAAAUUGAUGAUAAGCUGAAAGCCGCCGAUGAGUGGCAGUGGUGGCGGAUCAGCUUUUCAACAGAUGACGCAAAAGCUCGGCAAGUAGAGUCACAGCAGGGUGAUGCGCCCAGUUCCAAAAAUGCAGACGUCAUUGGAUAUACGGCGCGCAAAGUUCGAGAAAUUGAAGUCCUCAAAGCGGCUCGUGAAGAAUCCAAGAAUGUUUUGCUUGUCUAUGCUAAUGGAAAUGCGAUGAAUUUCCGAGAGGAGCCAAUUCCGUCUCCACUCCAGGAAUUUGUCAAUGCAGACAAUGCAAUAUUUGACGCUGAGUUCAAGGAGCAAGAGCGUGCGGAGGAUGCAUCUGACAGGCAGAAUGAGGAUUCAAACUCCGCCAGUCGCCAGGAUGAGAGCACAGAGAUGAAUGAACUAGCCAAAGAUGAUCAGCGAGAAACUACCUCGGCCGCUGCAAAUACAAUGGGUCUCGAAAAUGAGGCAAUAGCCGGGGCGACGAUUGAAUUACUCGAGUCUCGCCUCCGGCGACUAACCUACCUUCUCACGGGCGACGCAAAUUGGACUGGUGUUCCCACCGCACCCGCGAAACCAGCUUCUUUAGAUGACAGUGUCUCGCGCCGUCUUCUCAGCUUAGAGCGAGAGCUUGAGAGACUUAGUCGAAAUAUCCCCGCAGUGCGGGAUGUGCUUCUUCUCCAUGACCGCUUCCCCGAUCUCUUUCGCCCUACACCACCGCAAACGUUCCCAGAAAACCUGUCAACCCAGAAUCUCGCCUCAAUAGUGUUAUCGUAUGCCUCCGCGUUUCCAGAGACCGCCUCGCGACUCACAUCAUUAAAUGAUCUCCCGAUUCCGGAUACGCAGACAUCGGCCGCCCUCAUCCAGCUUCAGCCGCGAUUGGACCAAUUGGCGCAGGUGCAGGAGGAACAGGCGAAGCAGAUCUCAGAACUACGUGUACGGACAGCGCGAGCUUUACAGCGGUGGUAUGAGAUUGCUUUGGUUGGGGGUGGCGAAUGCUGGGCGGAAUGGGAAGGGCGCCUUGAGGAUGUUGAGCGGGAAGUAAAAAGGGAAGAAGUGGUGAGGGAGCGGAGGGCGAAAGAACUCUGA